AAGUGGUGGUAGCUCGUUGGAAAUCAGCAGUGAGGAAAAUAUUCAUUCGUAUAAGGUAGGAGACGCAGCCAAUUCCGAGCGGGACAGCGCCUCCACGUGCCAGCUACAAUGGGAAAUGGAAACGAUGGAUGCCACGUGGGACGCCACUUUGGUGGGAGAUAAUAUCGCCCUGUCGGCCCGCAUCGGUGACACCAAAAGCGAUACCAGUGAAGUCGCAGACGAGGUUGCGGAUCCUGAAGGCGAUGGCCCCGUUUACAGUCUGCUUGAUGGCGAUGUGGAGGAGGAGACUGACACCAAUGUCGGGAUCACCUGCGAAGAAUCCAUGGCGCUGUUGGCCCACGAGAUGCUCUGCUGUCCCGACAGCGGCACUGACUCGGAAUCGGAGAACGAUCAUCAGAUAUCAGACUACUAUAUGAUCAAGGAGUGCCAAAAGCUGGACGGCAGCUUAGAAUAUGGCUUGCACAAUCCCUACCAGCUUAUGGAUACCGAUGAAGAUGUGGAGCAGGAUGUCGAGCUGAAGAAGCACAAUAAGGGGCAUGCAGCGUGCUUUCAUUGGGCCAUAAAGGGUGUUAUAUUCAACAUAAAUGGAAACGACGGCAAUCAACAUUUUUUCUGAGUAAAUGUUCCCCGCGAAAAAGAUCGAACUGUUCUUGGAUCAAUUUUCGAUGAGCUCGGCUGGGUUUCUGUGGCCAAAUAUUCCUGGAUUGAUUUUGUGAUUUAAUAUAUUUGUUCCCAAAAUUGUCAUGUAAAUCAACAU